AUGUUCCCGCCACCACCACAUCCUUUGGUGGACUCAGGCGGUGGUCAACGCCUUCAAGUGGAGUGUAUUUUGAACCACCGCGACGUGAAUGGCGUGCGGACAAAUUACCUCGUCCGCUCGCGUGACUAUCCACUGGUCUAG